AUGCAGGCUGGCUCCAUCUCACUGAUGGCGCAGGAUGCCUUUCCACAGUCUGUUGUGGUGUGCCUCCGAAUUCCCACUUUCUGCCUUCCGAUCUCCCUUUCUUGCCUCCCUGUUCCGAUCUUCCCUUCCCUCUUUCCCCAUUUCCCCUUGCCUUCCCGCAUCCCCAAUUCCCCUUUCCUCCACCGCAAUUCCCCUUCCCGUGUCAUGAUUACCCCUUCCCGCCUCCCCGGUUUUCCUUCCCGCCGCGCAUUUCCCCUUUCCGCCUCCCCGAUUCCCAUUCCCGCUCCCGGUAUCCCCUUCACACAUUUGCGUUUCCCCUUCCCGCACCCCAUUUCCCCUUCCCGCCUCCCCGUUUCGCAUUCCCGCUCUCCCACAUUCGCGUUUCCCCUUCACGGUCCCCAUUACCCCUUCCCACCUCCCCGUUUCCCCUUCCCGCUCCCCGUUUCCCCUUCCCGCUCCCCGUUUCCCCUUCUCGCUCCCCGUUUCCCCAUCCCACCUUCCCGUUUCCCCUUCCCGCUCCCCAUUAUCCCUCCCCGCCUCCCCGUUUCCCCUUCUCGCCCCCUCGUUUUCCCUACCCGCCUCCCCGUCUCCCUCUCGUUUCUCCACCUUCUCCCUCUCGAUUCCCCCCUUCCCCCUCUCGUCUACCCCCCUCCCCCCUCUCAUGUCCCACCUUUCUCCUUCUCAUUUUUCCCCAUUCUCCGUCUCAUCCCCCCCCCCCCCCCCCCCCCCUUCUCAAGCUCACCUACCCCCUUUCUCCCUCUUAGCUCCUCUCUUCCUACGCCCUGCUUCCCCCUUUACUCUCUCGUCCCUACACCCUUCAUUCCCCUCUCCGCUCUCUGCCUUAUACCCUUCUACCUCCUUUCCCCUCUCUGUCUUACACCCCUCUUGAUUUAUUCUCCACUCUGCCUUACUCCCUUCUUCCACCUUUCCCCUCUCUACUCCACACCCUUCUUCUCCCACCAUGCGUUCUCCCCCUUAUAUCCUGCUAAACCCCAUUUCCCUCUCUUCCCUACACCCUGCUUCCCCCUCUCUCUUCUCUGCCUUACGCCCUGCUUUCCCCUUUCCCCUAUCUUCCCUACACCCUUCUUCCCUCUUUCUACCCGCGCUGCUUCCCUUUUUCCCUAUCUCCCUUUCCCUCUUUCACCCUGCUUCUCCCGUACCCUGCGACGUGUCCCCUCUCAUCAUCUUCAGCAGCACCAGUCGCUUUCUCAGACACGCCUGCAGCAAGCCGAAGACUCGCAAGCCCCGAGCAGCGCAUCAUCCGACCUUGAAGAUUCAAGCAGCGCCCCAGCAGGCUCUAAAGAGCCCCACCUCGUGUCUCCUAUCAGCAGGCUCUUCCCAGAGUGCUCCACUCUCCACACGUCUCACAGGAGUGCAGAAGAGUCAGAAGUUUCAAGCAGCGCUCCAGCCGUCUCUGAAGAUUCACGUGGCCCCAGCAGUGCCCCAUCAGACCCAGACGAGCGAGAAGACCUCCAGCCCGUGUCUCCAAUCAGCCGCCUCUUCUUGGACCCGGCUCUGAGCACGGUCAUCCUGAUGGCCAUGGAGUUUGAGGGGAGCAGCAUGGGAGUGACGGAGCUCACUGGCUUGGUUCGAACCCUGCUGUCCUCCCAGCCCCGCUUCACCAGCCGCAUCGAGCACCGGGGCUGGUGGCGAGAACCCAUGUGGGUGCCCACCCACGUGGACUGGCCCUCCCACGUGGUGCAGGAGCCUUCCCUCUGCUCCUCCUGCAGCAGCACAGACGAAUCUCAGACGUCCAUCUUGCAUGAUCGGCGCUCACCAGAGGAUCCUCGUUAUAGUGUGCCUCACUGCAGUGUGGAGAGCCAUGUGGUGCGGCUGCAGACCCUUCCGCUGUUCGAUUUCAGCCGGCCGUUGUGGCAAGUGCACCUGCUGCCCACCUGCGAGCACAUCCCUCGCUCUACUGCUGUCUUCCGCAUUCACCACGUCAUUGGCGAUGGCACCUCGCUCAUGUGCCUCCUCUCCAGCCAAUCUAGACCGUCCAAGUCAGAAACCCGUGGUGAUAGCGCCAUUGGUGAUGGUAUCUCCUACGGUUCUAAGGAAGCUGACAACAGCACGGUGAUUGGGGGGGCAGAAGGCAAUAACGAGUCAGCUUCUGAAGGGGAUGAAGUGGAAAGUUUGACGGGAAGCGUGGUAGGGAGUGAUUUGGCGGAAAGCAGUGGUGAGACCGAGGGAGGUCAUGCGGGUGCUGCUGCUGCUGCUGCUAGUGCUGCUUCUGGUGCUGGUAUGGUUCGCAACUACUCUGAUACCAGUGACAGAAGCAACGGAAGCAAUGGCAGCAAUGGGAGUAUCCGUUCUUGUGGGGUGGAGAUGAUAAGGAACGGAUCUGACUCUAGCAGCAGCAGCACCAGCAGUGACACCAGUGGCACCAGCAGCACCAGCAGCAUUAGCAGCACCAGCAAAAUCGGCAGCAACAGCAGCAACGGCAGCAACGGCAGCAACGGCAGCAACGGCAGCAACGGCAGCAACGGCAGCAACGGCAGCAUCAUCGAGGCGAUAGGAGUGGAGAUGAUAAGGAACGGGUUUGACUCUAGCAGCAGCAGCAGCGGAAACUGCCGCACCAGCGGCAUCAGCGGCACCAACAACAGCCACAGAAUCAUGAUUCAAGAUUCAAGAGGACAGUCGGAGUGUAUAGCAGCAGCAGAAGCAGCAGCAGAAGCAGCAGCUGAAGCAGCCUCUGACUCGCCUCCAGUGAGACUACAAGUGGACUCUUUGACGGCGCUAGUGGGGUGCAAUCUGGAGAGGGCAGCUGAGUGUGUGUCUGCACCAGCACAGGGAACUGACGUUACUCAGCCUCCUGUGCCGAUACCAGUUGCAACUGCCACUGCACCUGCCACUGCCACUGCCACUAACACCGAGACUGCUGACACUGCACCUGCAACGGUAACUGCAGCUAAGGUUGCUGCUGCUGCUGCUGCUGCAACCUCAGCUGUAGCUGCAUGGACCAGCACCAUCUCGUACCGCUGCAGCUACAUGGUCCAUUUGGCGACAAUGGCAUGGCGAUGCAUCGUCACCGUUUGGCGAUGCACCAUUGCCACCGUUGCUCACCUGAUUGAAUUCCUCUUAACCAUCCUCUUCCUCUCAGACCAUCCCUGCACGCCUGUUCGCUCUGCCAUGCCGUUUUCAAGACUGCGAAAGCAGGACCAGCGGACGCUUCCGAGAAGCUUUGCGGUGACUGAGGGGAUCGAGAUGGAGAGGGUGGCUAGGGUUCGAAAGGCACUUGGAGCGACUGUGAACGACCUUAUGAUGGCAGUCAUUGCUGCGGGCAUAGAGAGCUACGUGCAAGCAGGAAGGCACAACCCUGAGUCAAAUGAGCAGCGCCAAAAGUCAAAUGGAUGGAGCAGCAGGAGCGGUGCUAUUCGGUUCAGAGCGGUGACAAUGGCUGAUCUAAGGAGCAGGACACGAAAGGGACCACCUGUUUGGGGAAAUAAGCUUGGGAUAAACGUCAUCUCCCUCCCCAUCUCACCUCAUCCUCCCAGUCUUCCUCUUCCUCCUCCGCUUCCCACUGCCACCCCCGGGAACCCGUCGCAUGCCACAUCAGCCUCAGUGCCACGUGGAAGCACCUCCUCCACUGCAGCACUGCCUAGUGUAACAAACAGCCACGUUAUUGAGAUGCCGGCAGCGACGAAACACACAGGUGGGGCAAAGGAGAUGAGGCGGGUGCAGCGAGUGAGGGCGGAGUGCAGGCAGAAGAAGGUGUCGUGGGAAGCUCACCUCACCAACCUCUAUGCCCGCCUCGCACUCGCGCUGCUGGGCCGCAAGGUGAUGGCAUGGCUGUUUGCGAGGGUGUCCCAACAGACCUCAAUCACAGUCUCCAACAUUGCAGGGCCGAAGGGAAAGCUGACUCUCUCAGGGCAUGUUGUUUCGGCACUUACUAUAACUACAGUGGGCCAACACCAGGCCAUGACGUGUCAUAUUGAGUCAUACGCCGGUUAUCUGAAGAUUGUUGUUAGUGCACUGGGUAACUAUGUCCCUGACGCUCCAAACAUGUGCUUCCAUUUCAUGAAGGCUUUUAGACGAUUGGAGAGGGAGACCUUAUGUUGUACAGGUCAUUAA